CAGACAGUCCCCAGGGCAGUGAAAUGUCUACUCCUACCCAUGAAGGUGGAGCCAUGUCUGGCCAAGCGGGGCGUGUUGACAGUUCUCAGGGUAGGGAAAUGCCCACUCCUUACUCUGUAAGUCAAACCUUGGAUGGCCUUGUGGAAACCUUCUCUGACCCGGAGAAAUGUGCUGCCAGAUCUCGGCGCAAGGAAAUGUCCAAUGCAAGCACAGCACCUCGGAGCAGAGACCUGUCAACACCCAGAUCUCGACAUGCAGCAAGAGGUCAUGCGAGGGAUGGCUAUCGCUCCAGGUCCAGCACUAGGUCCAGCGGUGGAUCCAGCUUCAGGUCCUGGCACAGUGAUGUCAGAGCCAGACAUGACGGGUCACGGCAUAGGUCCAGACAUGAUGAAAGAUCACGGCGAUGUGAUGACCGAUCCCGUAGUGAUGCCCGUUCCCGUAGUGAUGCCCCCCGUCCCCUGGCCAGGUCCAGACAUGAUGACAGAUCACGGCACAGUGAUCUCAGCAGCCCCCCAUGACAGGCAUGAUGCAGUGACUGAGACUGGGAGAUGGGCCUUCCCAUUGCCUUGGGAUGUGUUCCAGAAAAAGGUCCUAAGCCUACUGGUCGACAUCCGCCACCGCCUGAAGGAAACGCAGCCUGCCUCUUCAGCUGUCCAUAUAGAGAGGAUUGACACCAUGGAGGACUUUGAGUUACAGGAGCAACGCCUCUCUGAUGCACAGGCUUUUGAUACCCUUGUGCUGCAAAUUUCAAGAAUCGGUGGGCGGAACACCAAGGACUGUGUCCACAAAGUGUUGGACAGGGUCUUCACCAACAGCCUCAUGGCCAAAUUUAAUUUGAAGGGCAAGGGGAAAAGGGGGAAAAGGCCUUUAGAGGGAACGAAGGUUUAUAGAGCAAUACAAGAUCGUAUUAUCGCCCAACCCUACUGGACACAAAAAUGGAUUACAUCCGACUGUGGAGAUCCACUCACUGAGGAGUGAGGGACUGCUGCGUCCUUGUGUUCACUGAGACAUGGAUGAAUGG